AGAUGGCGGCGCCGCGCUAGCUGGCUCCGGGUUGUGGCGUCCGCGGAGCCGCGACGGUUUUGCCCUCGAUCCGUGAGGGCGACAAGGCUUGGCUGGCCCCGGCUACGGCCCGUAGCCCUGCGUCAGGCACCCGUUCGAUACUGGGGCUGUUGCUAUCGCGCUGGAUUCGGGGAAGCGACCGUGACCUCGCGGCAGGUGCCUUGCGGCGACCGGGUCACCAAAAAGAAAAGAGGAAGAGGACAACCGGCUUCCCGGACCUCGAGGCCCGCAGAGUUCCCGAGGCCUCCGAGGACUCUGAAGGAGCUACACCUUUGUAGUGGCCGCGGGAGUCCAAGUCCUCGGGUGCGUGAAAAGCAGCCCAGCGCCCCCGAGGGCGCCAAGAAGACCGCAGGGACUUUGCUUCCUCCUCCAGAGGUCUGGCUUCCCCGCGCCGAUUACCCCCGCAUUCCUGGCCACUUCCUCUCAAUGUUCUCUCCGUAUACCUGGAAAUAUGAUCAGCGCCCCUGACGUGGUGGCCUUCACCAAAGAGAAUGAGUACGAGGAAGAGCCUUACAAUGAGCCGGCCCUGCCCGAGGAGUACUCGGUGCCCCUUUUCCCCUUCGCCAGCCAAGGAGCCAACCCUUGGUCCAAACUGUCUGGAGCCAAGUUCUCGCGGGACUUCAUCCUCAUUUCCGAGUUCUCCGAACAGGUGGGCCCCCAACCCUUGCUAACCAUCCCCAAUGAUACCAAAGUUUUUGGUACCUUCGAUCUUAAUUACUUCUCCUUAAGGAUCAUGUCUGUCGAUUACCAGGCCUCCUUCGUGGGCCAUCCCCCCGGUUCUUCCUACCCCAAGCUGAACUUCGUGGAGGACUCCAAGGUCGUGCUGGGAGACUCCAAGGAGGGAGCCUUUGCUUACGUGCACCAUCUGACCCUGUAUGACCUGGAGGCCCGUGGUUUCGUGAGGCCCUUUUGCAUGGCUUAUAUCUCAGCAGACCAGCACAAAAUCAUGCAGCAAUUCCAGGAACUUUCAGCAGAAUUUUCCAAAGCUUCUGAGUGCUUGAAGACAGGCAACAGGAAGGCAUUUGCUGGGGAACUUGAAAAAAAGCUGAAAGACUUGGAUUAUACCAGGACUGUGCUACAUACUGAAACAGAAAUCCAGAAGAAAGCCAAUGAUAAAGGUUUUUAUUCAUCUCAGGCAAUUGAGAAAGCCAACGAACUGGCUAGCGUAGAGAAAUCCAUCAUCGAGCAUCAAGACCUGCUGAAGCAGAUCCGUUCAUAUCCUCAUCGGAAGUCGAAAGGGGCUGAUUUGUGUUCUGGGGAGAUAGAGCACUCCCAGGAUCAAGCCUGCCAGGCAGCCACUACCUCUAACCCCGAUGAGUUUGCUGACGCUGACCUUUACUCCUGCAGACCAGCCUAUACCCCAAAACUCAUCAAAGCCAAGUCCACCAAGUGUUUUGACAAAAAGUUAAAGACCUUGGAAGAGCUCUGUGACACCGAAUAUUUCACCCAGACCUUGGCUCAGCUCAGCCACAUUGAGCACAUGUUCCGCGGAGACCUGUGCUAUCUCCUGACCAGCCAGAUUGACAGGGCACUGUUAAAACAACAGCACAUAACCAACUUUCUCUUUGAGGACUUUGUGGAGGUUGAUGAUAGGGUGGUAGAGAAACAAGAGAGUACAGCCCCUAAGCCUGUUCAAGAGAGACCACCUUCCAGGACUCUGGAAGAAUAUCCAAUUCCUCAAGUGUUAAUUAGUGUUGGCUCUUACAAGUCCAGUGUGGAGUCUGUGCUGAUCAAGAUGGAGCAGGAACUGGGAGAUGAGGAGUACAAAGAAGCAGAGGUGGCGGAAUUGAGCAGUUUUGACCCCCAGGAGAACUUGGACUACCUGGAUAUGGAGAUGAAAGGGAGUAUCAGCAGUGGUGAAAGCAUUGAGGUUCUGGGCACGGAAAAGUCCACCUCUGUGCUCUCCAAGUCUGACAGCCAGGCCAGCCUCACGGUGCCAUUGAGCCCCCAGGUAGUCCGCAGCAAGGCGGUCAGCAACAGAACUAUCAGUGAGGACAGUAUCGAAGUCCUCAGCACCUGCCCGUCCGAGGCUCUCAUCCCCGAGGACCUUAAGGCCAGCUACCCAAGUGCCAUUAAUGAAGAAGAAUCGUAUCCAGAUGAUAGCGAGGGAGCCAUCCUCUUCCAGGCAAACAUCAGCCCUCCGGAGCUGGAUGGUGCAGAGGAGGGCAGCUUGGAAAAUCCCCUGUCAGAGAUGGACUCUUCCUGCUGCAUUGGGAAGGAGAGUGACAGUCUUCAGGGGCCACUUCCUGCUGCAGCCCACGCGCUCUUAGAUGAGGACGGAGUGGUGAGCAUCCCCCCACAGCGCUACUGGCAAAAGGACCAGGGCUUCCACACAGACUUGGCCAUGGAAAACGCCAGCCCUUCUCAAGACCACACUUCUGAGGGCUUCACGGCUUAUGAGCUGGACCCGAGCCAUCUGCUGGCUAGCCGGGAUGUUAGUAAGACCAGCCUGGACAACUACUCUGACUCCACCAGCUGUGUGGGCAGCAUAGCCUCCACUGGCUCAGACAGGACUCCCGCUGCUCAUUUCACUGCUCCCUCUUCCGAGAGACAUAAAAAGAGAGCUGGCCAGAAUGCCUUAAAAUUUAUCCGCCAGUACCCAUUUGCCCACCCAGCCAUCUACUCCCUACUCAGCGGGAGGACACUUGUGGUCCUGGGGGAAGAUGAAACCAUAGUCAGGAAGCUCGUGUCGGCGCUGUCCAUCUUUGUUCCCAACUACAGCCGCUGUGCCAAACCUGUGAAGCACUGGGUGUCCUCUCCUUUGCACAUUACAGAUUUCCAGAAGUGGAAGCUUAUUGGCCUGCAGAGAGUGGCAUCCCCUGCCAGUGCCAGCACGCUGCACUCACUGAGCCGCUACAGUCGCUACACGAGCAUUCUGGACCUGGACAACAAAACCCUGCGCUGCCCGCUCUACAGAGGCACUCUAGUGCCACGACUGGCAGACCACCGCACCCAGAUCAAGCGAGGCAGCACCUACUACCUGCAUGUCCAGAGCAUGCUCACUCAGCUCUGCUCCAAGGCUUUCCUCUACACAUUUUGCCACCACCUGCACCUGCCUGCCCAUGACAAGGAGACUGAGGACCUGGUCACUAGCCGCCAAGUGAGCUUCCUGAAGCUAAACCUGGGUCUGGUGAAUGAAGACGUCAAAGUGGUCCAGUACCUGGCUGAAUUGCUGAAGCUGUACUAUAUGCAGGAGGCUCCCGGAAUCAGCCACCCCACGCUCAGGUUUGACUAUGUUCCCAGCUUUUUGUACAAAAUCUGAGGCCAGUUCUAGCCAUUUGACCAAGACCUGUGACUUAGGGUACUUGGAGGGGAGAGGGUGGUGUGCCCAAGUAGUGCUCUGAACUGUGUAGACUCCUAGUGUAAGGGGAAGGAGACCAUGGUGACUCCAGGACUUGGGGGUAGGGGGGCUGUCAAGAACCUGGUGCUUUCUGCGGGCAUCUCAAGUGGCCAGAAGAGCAUUCUCAGCUCCCGGGGGGGGGCAUGAUCCCGGUGCCAGGAGGGGAGGGAGCUCUUUGUUUUCGGAGCUGUGGAAGCCAGGAUGAAAGAAAGCUUCAGUGGGUGGGACAAGGGGCAAGAAGCGAAGCCUGGACUGGGAGGAACACACUGCCCUGUUCAGCGAUACCAGCCACUUGAGUGGCAGAAUCCAGAGAAGCAGCCUGUCAACUAGAAUGAUUUGAUGAAAAAACAAGGCAAGAGAAUAUUAGCUCGUUCCGACCCCUUCUUGCCUCCCAGAACCCAUCAUCUCCGGGGAGGCCCCGGACAGUGAGAGGAAACUGGCUCAGCCCCCAGUGGGUGGGGGAAAGGAACAGCCUUCUGGGCCCCACACUGUGGAGAGCAGGCAGUGCCUGUCCCUGGGCUCACUUCCUCCCCAGGCACUGAAUGCUGGUGUGCCUUGGGAGUGCUCCCCGGGGCCAGCAGGAGGGACCGGAACAUCCUGGUGCCUGGCAGUGAGACCCGUCUGGGAAGCGCAGAGCCUGGGGCAUAGGGCAGGAGAUGGUCUUUGUCCAGAGCCACCGCCUCUGUACAUCAUGGGGAACCUUUGAGUACUCACAGAAGCACCGGCGUCCUUGGAAGGUUGCAGACAUGUUGGAACUAGGAGCCAUCACGCCCUUCCCCACCCAUAGCAAACAUACAACCAUGUCACUACCUCGCACAGGGUCUUGUGGGCAGCCCAGCUUGUGAUCGCUCAUGGCAGGAUUUUCUCUGGAAGGAGGCCUCUGCUGACUGGACCUGUCUCCAGGAGGCUGUGCAGGCCUAACGGGUGUGCCCCUCAUCCUAGCUUCCACCCAUGCGAGGCCCCUCUGAGGUACUAGUGCAUCCCUCACCACUGCUCCCUGCUACCUGCUUUGAGUCUUCCCUUCCAGUCACCGCUUCCCUGGACACGCCUUCCAGGACUGCAGCUGAUACGGAGGGGGAGGGUUUCUUGCAACUUGGAACAUUUUAUAUAUAUAUUUUUUUUUCCCUCAAAAGCUCUUACUUCCUUAAGUAGGGAGAACUCUUGGUAGUACUGCCUCUUAAUUUAUUCCCAGAAAAUUGUGACUUUAAAAAAAAUAAAAACCCGAACCAGCCACAAGUGGUUUACCCCAAGCACACACGUGAGCAUCUCUGGGCAUUGUGUUCCCUGCGCUUGACCCCCUGGGCUUGUCAGCCUUGUGGCACACCAAUGAGGUCACAGAUCUGAGAGGCAGAGGCCUCCAAUGGCACGUCACUGCUCUAGUCCAGCAUGCAUCCUAGUCCCCAGCAGCGGGUGGGGUGCUGGCAGCUUGUGGAUUGGGGCCCCCAAUCCUGUCAGAGGGGCUAUGGUUUUGCAGAGGCUGUGACUCAGUUCCCUUUGUGGCAGAUACUGCUAAGUGUCAUCAAUUUUCUUUGUACUAUGCCUGUUACAUCGGUUUGCACACAGAAGUCACUAGGAACACCUUGGCGGUGCUUAAACAUGAAGACUGCAUAGGAAUCCCACUUCCCUGCCCUCCGCCUCCUGUCUCUUACUACCCUUUCCCCAUGUUCUCCAUGCUGCUGUGCUUGCUAACUGGAUGGCUGACUGCUGUCUACUUAGGCGUCUAGGACAUGAUCUUGUGACAUUUGUAUCUCCAAGGAAGGAAAAUCCUGUGGAGUAAAAUGACAAGGUGAAAAGUGACUGUUGGCACCACCAGUGCUAUUUUUUUGGUUCUGUGUUUCCCAUUACUGUGAACUUCACUGUUAACUCUGUUCUCACCUGGGAAAUUGAUGUGAACAGGAGGUGAGCCAUACUUGGCCUUCUAGAAAUUAGAACCAUGCACUACAGUGGUCUGAAGUAAAAAUCCACUUUGGAGUGUGUUUUCUUGGAAGCCCCACCGAGGAUGAUUCCAAAGGCCCUGAGGACUUUAAAGGUCCAGUGAGGACAGACAGCUGGGUCCAGGGCGUAGCCACAAAAGCAAAAAUGAGCAUCUCACUGAAGUUGUUUCUUCACUAAGUUGGCUUCACUGACUAGUGAUCGGACCCCAGGAUUCAAAUUUUAAAUUCUAACUUUUCAAUGUGACGGUUUCACAUGUUUGUUUAGUACCAAGUAUGUUUGUUUUCCAGUGGAUUUGAGUGAUGGUAGUACCACAGGGAAGGGCAGAGGCAGGAGUGCAUGAAGCUGCACCUCCACAGCAGAGAGCUAGAAUCUGUUAGAAGUCUUUAUGAAUCUUACAGGUGGGGUGCUCUCAUCCACUGGGACUAACCUCUUCAGCCAUUGGAACUUUUCCUCUAGAAAUACACCUGCAAGUUUUUAUAAAGCAUUUAAAACACUUCCCAAAAAAUAGGCCAUCUGUCCUCAGGUUCACUCCUGACUAACUUUGAAGGCCCAGGCACUGAAUUUGGGAGGCUGGUUUUAAUCUCUAAUCACCAUUCCACACCCUCACCCCUUUUAAAGAAAUAGUCUAGAGUAAGGAAAAUGAUCAGGCUAGAAAUCAUGUGGUAAUGAUUUCCAGAAGCUUGAGUUUAGAACUCAAUGCUUUUUGAGCACCCUGGCCGUUGGGACACUUCCUGAGCUGCCAACUCACUGCCUCCUCACUUGAAUGGAAUCUUUGCAUUUCAGAAACUGAUGUUUCUUAACUUCCCUAAUGGCUGAAGUUCCAACAUUGCACCAGAAUUUGAAAAUGGGCCCUGCCAGCUCCCCUCUCCUUUCUCAUCCAGCUUUUAACUUUUCCCACACUAGUUGCUAUGCCCAGAGUCAAGGUGAUUUCCACCCCCAUUAGCAAACCCUUUUUCAGAAUCCUCGGAAGGCCCACAGGCUCUAGCUCCGAGACUUGCUAGACGUCACUCUGGUCUGGAGGAGCUUGCAUGCUUGGUGACCACCACUUCGGCCAGUGCCCAAUGCAUGCCCCCACCUCCAACCUACUUGCAUGGCAGGCCAACUUCUGCCGCUGGGAACCCACCGGUUGUGGGGAUGGCCUGCAGAACUGUCCCUUGUGCCAGCAGAAAGGGACUUGGCAUGUGCUUUAAAGCCCCCCAGUCAGCUUCUUGGUUUUCUCCACCAAUACUGUGAUUGAAAGUGAUAAAACUGGAGUCUUCAAGAGAGAGAUGAGGUAUAUUAAGUCACAAAAGGGAAAAAAGCACUGACUUUCAACUUAAGUUGAAAACAAAACAUUCUCAUCUGGUAAGGAAAGGUUUGGGUCCUCAAGCCUUUUCACCUUUGAAAACUGACCUAAUCUGGCUUCAUCCAUGAAGGUGUGUUAUGGACCGGGGCAGGAAGGAGCAGGAACUGAGGCAAUAAAGCAGAUGCUUUGCCAUGAGUUAACCCUUAAGAGCCCUACAGCUGAAGGCAGAGACAGCCCUGUGCAUCGCCUACUCCCCACCCGAAAUGGUGAAUGCCAGCAACACGCAGUGCCCUAAGUUCUCGCUGCAACCCUGGCUAAGCUGCCUGUGGAGUGUGAGCUGAAGUCACAGUGAAACAAGGUGUGAGGAUUUUGCAUUGGUUACUUUUGGAAAAGCUACUAUAUUAUUGCAUGUUCCCCUGUUCUUGUUUGUGAACAGUGAGUCCACCCACCAUGCGUGCUGCAAUCACAGUGGCCAAGGGCAGGGGUAUGAAGAGACACCACGUGACCAGCUCCCAGAUGGAGCUGCACAAGCGUUCCUCUAGAGUAAAGGCCAAACACGUAGUAGAAGUGUACUUUUUAUGAAAUUAAUUUAUUUGAGUUCAGAUAUUUUUGAAAUAUAAAAACUGGUUGUAUUUUUUAAAGCUAUAAUUCUUGUAGACAUUCUGUGGUUAAAGACUUGAUUGUGCUGAUUAAAAAAUGGUCAUCUAUGUUUUGCACUUUAGCUUUGUGAAAAAUAAAGUUUCUUCGGGAAGGUA